AUGGAGUUAAUAAACAAAGAGGUAUUGGAGCUUAAAAACGAUUUCACAUUGAAUUCGAUUAUUUCUUUCAAACAAGAUCCAAAACUUAUUUCGGCCAUAGAUAAACUAUUCCAAAAAGAAAAACCAGGAUUAAAUCUAGUUUUACCGGAACGAAAAUUAGACUUCGGCGAAGUUUGUCAGCUUCUAAAAGGAUCAUCGAGUAAUAAUGGUGAAUUUAACGAGCUGUCACGAGAAGAAGCUCUAAAUAAAAGAAGAGAACUUAUAAAGAAAAUCGAAAAGAUUUUGGAAGAUAUCAAUAACAUUGCACAGAGCGGCUCUACGCCUAAACUAAUUAUACGUAAUCAGAGUUUAUGGAGCAAUUGCAUUUACGAUUUAGAUCGAGUUACUUUAAAAAGUUCACAAGUUGCUAAAACAUCAACUUUGAUUUAUUCGAACGCUGAUGAUAAAUCACGUUUUAAUACAAUAGUGUUUGUUUUGACUAAAGCCCAUGAAUUGCUUUCGAAAAAUUUGUCGGUAACAAGGAGAGAACUGUUCUAUCAGAAUAUUUCGAGGUUUAGAAGCCAAUCUAAAUUAGAUGUUGGCGUGCGCGACAUGUGCUGCUUGCUUGAAACUCCACCGUGGAGUUUAGGCAUUGUUGCAACAGCUAAAGGUCUUAUAGCAGGCCCUUUAAAAAUGUUUAAUGCAGAUGGAACUGUCGUAGACUGUAUGGCAUCCGGCGGCAUCUUAGUACCACAAGAUAUUAGCGGUAUAAAAGAAUUUCAGUCAACAGCUAAGUUUAUCUUGGUUGUAGAAAAAGAUGCAAUUUUCCAAAAGCUACUUGAUGAAGGGGCACUCGUGCGUUUGGGUCCUGUCAUUAUUUUAACGGGAAAGGGAUAUCCCGAUGUUUGUACUAGACAGUUACUUUGCCGAGUAGUGAAAGAGUUGCGAUUGAAGGCGCUCGCGCUUGUAGACUACGAUCCUCAUGGAUAUGAGAUCUUCCUAACAUAUAAAUAUGGUUCGCUCGCCCAAUCACACUUAUCCGACACUCUAGCUUGUAGCAGCUUGCUGCUCCUUGGAGUUCUUCCUGAUGAUGUUACAACUUUAGUUCCUAAAGGCGCUCGCCUUCAUUUAACAGUGCUGGAUAAAAGGAAACUUAUAUCAUUAAUAAAAAGGCCUUAUUUAGAAUCUCCUUCAGGUAUUCGAAUUAAGGAAGACUUGACGGGUAUGCUGGCGAGUGGUAUGAAGGCGGAGAUAGAAGCUGUGGCUUCUACCACCGCGGCGCUCUGUGAUUGCUAUCUGCCUUCCAAAAUUAUACAAGCUGAUUAUUUGGGAUGA